AUGGCCGAGAAUAUCCCUCCUGGAUCAGGCUCUGCGCCAAAGCCUACAGCAGGCAACGACCGGCCAGGAUUACCUUACUACGAGAAAUUGAGGCGCGAUCUACGGGACACCCUACAGAAGAAGCGACUCCUGGAUCGGAACCUGAUCUACCGGCAAGAGACGGCAUAUCUCGAAGAAACCGCAAUCGCAGGGAACAUUGUCAAAGGUUUCGACAACUACAUCAAGGCUUCUGCAGUGUCGGCAGCAGCCAGUUCAGCGGGCGGGACAGUCUCAGGCAGCGCAGUUGGCGGCGGUUUAGGGGCAGGGCGCCGAAAAGCGGUUGUGAACGACACAGACCGGAUAUUUUCCAAGAGCUCAGUAUCCUACAUGAGAGAUUCGGAUUCCCCGAGUAGCGCUACGAGUACUCCCAACCAUGCAGCCACUCCGACCGGUAGCUUUACCGCAGAAAAGACAGGGGACAAGAAGAAGAAAAAGAGCGCAGGCGCCAACGAAGAAGACACCGAUGGACGAACCACCAAACGUCAGAAGAUCUCCUUUGGAGGUGGACGCAAGAACCAUGAUGAUUGA